AAGCGAGAGAGAAAGGGAGGGAGGAAGAGAGAGAGGGAGGAACGAAAGGCUCAUUUAACGAGAAGACAGAGGCAGAUGUACGCCGGAGAGAGUGAGAGGUGUGACGGAAAGCUGACCGGAAAUAAAAAGAAAAAAAAAAUCUGCAUGGGGGAAAAAAAGAAGAUUUAUGAUAUACUCUGCCUUUGGAAUGAAACAUUAACAAGGAAGGAGAAUAUUAAUGAAAAGGAGUGAGAAACAGGCUGAAUGAGAGAAAGGAAGGGAUACGACGCUCUCAUACACACUGAGGCAGAAAGACAUCUGGAGUCAAGGAGACCAAUCAAGCAGCACAUGUAAUUGCAGUCAAACAGCCUCUGAGGACUAAGAAACGAAAUGAUCAAAUGCUGAGACACAAGAAGUUUUCCAACUAAUGAGACCAUACAGGACAUGCUGACUUUAGAUUUUCUCACCCACACACUUUGCUUUCUAUGAAGCAUAAUCAUCCUUGGAUAGAAUAACAUGCCAAAUAAGAGAGAUCCAUUCCCCUUCAGCUGCGGCUCUGGGGGUUGAGCCAAUCGGCACAGGCCAUGGGCCGAAAGGCAGCUGAUACAACUAAUCCAGUGCCAGCACUGGGAGGGCGAGGAGUUCUGUCACAGAAAUGGGGACCUCUUUGCAGUGUGGGGGUGCAGACAUCACCGGGACUACGUCCCUCUUUAAAGAGGAGGAGUCAGCCAACAGGGACAGCCUGUGGGAAUUCUGUCCCUGUGGAAACCAUGUCUCUAGACAGAGCGAAGCCCCCUUUAGGGCAAUUUCGGAACUGCACAAGCAAAGUAACCCAGGAUGAGACGUCACAAGACGGCAGUGUCUACUGCCAGAUCAAAUCUAUCCAAACAAACCCCAACCAGUCAGGAUGCAGGGGAAAUUUCAAAGGGAACCCUCGCUUCAUCAAUGGCAGCGUAGUAGCAUCUGAAUUGUUAGAAGGGGUCUGUAGUGAGGGGGUGGAGACAGGAGAAGUGAGUAGUCAAAGAGAGCCUGAAAUGAGAAUUCCGAGGCGGGGUCAAUCACUAAAAGGGGAGAAGACAUGCCCUACAGUACAGUGUGGGAGUGUGAGGUCAUAUGCCACACACCCCCGACCUUGCCGUAUAAUGACAUCAUCCAGACCAUGCACAACAUGUGGACGAAAAUUACAAGCUCCAUCCUGCAUGGCACCUGCAUGCCGUAAACGAGAGACCAGUCAGAUUCAAGCAAGCAUGACCCUUCCAAUGCCACCUAGAAAAGAAGUGCCCAGACUGCAGAAGCAGCAGUCUACAGACAGAUACCCAACUCACACUUCACACACAUCUAUCACUUACACUCAAGCUGGGAGCACACACAAAGAGAACGCUCUUGAUAAAAGUGACAGAACCACACUCAUGAACCAUGCUCACCCACAGAACAAAAUAUGUAACAAAAACUCUGCAACUAUACAAAUAUCUACAAAUUCAUGUAAACGAAAAACAUCAGAACACCAACAAACCCACAAAUUACAGAUAGGAACACUGACAAAUAAAACACAGCCAACGGAAUCAAUAGCAGCUCAAAAACAACAUGCUCCAAAAGAUGUACAGCUCACAGCAGAGUACACGAAUAACCAAACUUAUGCAACUAUUGCAUCUGCGCCUUCAUCUGUCUCCGCCACCCCUAAACCACCUCCCCCUGUGCUUUCUAUUGGAUCAGACUCACAAACCACACCCACUCUUCCACCUAAAAAUGCCUCCCAUUGCAAACCUUCAGAGCAAACAACAAAACUGGCAUCACCAGAGAUUCAGAAUGGCUCAGAGACCAAAGCAACAUCCCAAACCCAACCCCCCAACCUAGAACCGAAAACUGCUAUGGCCCCAGAAACCAAACCACAACUGGUAGACUAUCAGCCUCUACGGAAGAACCUGACAGAAGCACAGAUCCCGCUGUGCAAUGGGGUGCCAUCAGCACUACAUGGACUACUGCAGAACAUAGAGGAGAACCUGCUAUCCAACCAAGAGAAGAUUAAGGUUCUUCUCAACGUCAUUCAGGACCUGGAGAAGAGCAAGGCCAUGAGUGAAGGACGCUGUUCUUACAGAACAGGGCAGGACAUCAACAACUGCUCGACCUGCCAGAAAACAGCCUGCAUCAUUUACAGUGUGGAGCACGAUUUCCGUCUGCAGGAGGGCCGCUUUCACAGUGUCCUUGAGGCAUUGGACAUGGAGUACGAUGUUCCUUCAUUCCCUAAAACUGACCCCUCUCGGCCACGAAACAAGAACCGCAUCAAGAAACUCCGUAAGAAGUGCUUCUGGUGGCUAUAGCCCUCAGCAUUGGCUGCCGAGGCAACGAUUACCAUGAGCGUCGCUAUUACAGCGAGAGGCUUUCUGCAUUCCAGUUACAGGAUACGUGUCCGUAGCCAAGGAACAGCUCUAUGAGCUCAUGGCUUUUAGAUGUGGAAAAGUUUGACUUGUAAUUAUGGAGUUACACCAGCACUGUCAUCAUGGAGGUAUUAGAUUCAUUCCUAGAAUGUAGCUGAUCAUGAAAAUAAAGGAUUAUGGAUAAUAAUCUCAUGGCACAUAAGGCCAAGUCCUGAGAACAAUGGCUUUGAUUUUCACUCUCCUUUCACAAUCCAAGAAUUUCUUUUUGUGUCCUUUUCAUGUUUUAAAUUUCUAUCUAAAGACUGGACAGGCACACCUACCAGUAUAAUGGAAACUGUAAGGCAUGUCUGAGGCCCCAAGAGACCCAGGAGAUGGAGACUGAGGCAGUCAAUAGGCCCUCCUUUAUGAGUGACAGGACUGUGAUUCGGUCAAUACUGCCCUUCAUGGUGACUGUCGGAAUGCUAACCCAAUAGAGACAACCUGUCUCAAAUAGCGAUAUUUCAUCACUGCAUUCACUGACUGAAGGAGAAAUGUAAACUUAGUCAGCACUAACUGCAGUCUAAGCUCAGUGUGGUUCUAGGAAUCUUAUUAAAAUGAGUACAUACAUACAAUGAGUACACACAUACAACAUAAUUCUGAUUUUUUUUAGCUGGCUGCUUCAAGUGUGACAGUCUUCAACAAGGGUGGUGCAGGAUUUGUAUAUUGGAAUUUAGAAGGUUAAUAUUCCAGCAUUUUUCAUCCUAAUCCCUAUCUACCACAUCUAUACAGGGGUGGACAAGUCAUAAAUUUACUAGCUAGCCCACUAGGCAAGUAAAAGCUCAAAUGUUUUGGCCAGUGCCAUGUUUUGGUUGACCAGAAACCUAUAGUCUAACCUAAAAAUGGUAGCAAGUAUUUGCUCUAUCAUCAGGAUAUCACAGGUUCGAAUCCCAGUUAUGCCACAGCCAUCCAUGGACAGUAGCCAAGGGAGCGAAUGUUAUGCUCUCUGGGUGGGAGGGAUGGCGUAUUCUCUCUCUCCUGUCAAUCACAAUGACAAUAGCCAAUUGUGGGAGUCUGUGAGCUCAUGUAUGUGGAAGAGGGCAGAAAGCACUUUUCUCUGAGUGUGUUAUGCUACCUAGUGAUGUUGCAUGAACAGCAGUUUGACAAAAUGCUGUUGGGUGGCUUCAAGGGAAGCGAGUGUUAGCCUUCACCCUCCCCAGUUGGUAGCUGUCAUGUGAUAGGGGAGAGCUAGCUAGUCUGUGUUAAUUGGCAGGUGAUUGAUUUGGGGAGAAAAUGGAGGGAAAACAGUAUUAAUGUUCUAAUAAUAUAUGGUGAGCUAUUUAAAUGCAAUAGGGAAAUAAGUUUAUGAUCAUUAUCCUCAUGAAAUUUUCAUUAAAAUUUUUUUUAAAGGAUCACAUUACAUUAGAAGAGUUUUAAUAUGACUUCACAUAACUGUUUCAUACUAUGAACCUUGUCGUUAGAAUGUAAAGGUUGUAGUUCUGAAGUUGUGUUAUGUAGUCACAUCAUUGAACCUUUUAUUGAGUUCAACAAUUGCCCUUCAAAGUUUGGAGUGAACCGAUGUUCUUUUCUAAAUCCAGGGAAAUAUGUGCCAAUCUCAUAUAAGCUACAGAUGCAGAAUAGAGAUUAGGAUGAAAAAGUGGAGUAUUCCUUUAAGCACUGCUCCCUCACAUUACCACCUGUCCAAGUUGUUCAUCAUAGCAAUAUAUUUUUUGAGACUAAUGUAAUAUGUACAAGACACAGAUGAGAAAAUUUGCAAUGUAUAUGCACUAUAGUUUCACAGUGUGACUUCAUUAGUGGAAUGGAUACGCACACGCACACGCACACACACACACGCACACACACACACACACACAUAGUCUUCCACUGUCUUUCUGUCUUGAUCGUAAACACAUCUCCAUUAAUGUAUUUUUGUAAGCUGCUAUUUUAAUAGGCUAAAAUGACAUUACCCAUGAUUCUCCCUGCCACCCUUUAG